GAUGCUCGCAGUGUCUUUCCCUAGCACUCCCCCAGCACCAUGUCCACAGUGAUGAGCGGGUUGGUGAAUAUGGCGAGUCUCGCGGAUUUCGAGCCGCUCGCGGGAGUGAUCCCCGCCACCAAAGUUGAGAUCACCGUGUCGUGCAGAAACCUCUUGGACAGAGACACCUUCUCAAAGUCGGAUCCAAUUUGCGUGCUGUACACUCAGACGGUGGCGAACAGGGAGUGGAGAGAGUUUGGCAGGACAGAAGUAAUCGAUAACACGCUGAAUCCAGACUUUGUGCACAAGUUCAUCAUAGAUUACUUCUUCGAAGAGAGGCAAAACUUACGCUUCGAUCUGUAUGACCUUGACUCAAAGAGUGAAAACCUGUCCAAACAUGACUUCCUGGGCCAGAUGUACUGUACUCUGGGAGAGAUGGUGGGAUCUCAGGGAAGUCGUAUGGAAAGGCCACUCAUAGGCAUUCCUGGGAAGAACUGUGGAAGUAUUGUUGUGAAAGCUGAAGAACUUGGAAACUGUAGGGAGUCAGUACUGAUGCAGUUUUGUGGCAACAAACUGGACAAGAAAGAUUUCUUUGGAAAGUCAGACCCUUUCCUGGUCUUUUACCGUAGCAAUGGAGAUGGAACAUUUACCAUCUGUCAUAAGACGGAGGUGGUGAAAAACACACUGGACCCUGUGUGGCAGGCCUUCAAGAUCCCAGUCAGAGCGCUGUGUAACGGGGAUUAUGACAGAGCAAUAAAAAUCGAGGUGUAUGACUGGGACAGAGAUGGAGGUCAUGACUACAUUGGAGAGUUCAGCACCAGCUACAGGGAGCUCUCCAAAGGCCACUCUCAGUUUACUGUGUGGGAGGUGGUGAACCACAAGAAAAAGAAGAAGAAGAAGAAAUAUCUAAACUCAGGAACCGUCACUCUGCUGUCCUGCUUCAUUGAUGUUGAGGUCACGUUCCUGGACUACAUCAAAGGAGGCACUCAAAUUAAUUUCACGGUGGCGAUUGAUUUUACUGCGUCAAACGGCAACCCUUCCCAGCCUACCUCUCUACACUACAUGAGCCCGUAUCAUCUGAACGCGUAUGCACUGGCGCUCAGAGCCGUGGGGGAGAUUAUUCAGGACUAUGACACGGAUAAGCUGUUCCCUGCACUAGGGUUUGGUGCAAAACUACCACCCGAUGGCCACGUGUCUCAUGAAUUUCCCCUGAAUGGGAACCCAGAUAACCCAUACUGCAGCGGGAUAGAGGGCGUUCUAGAGGCAUAUUACCAGAGUCUGAAGUUCGUUCGUCUCUAUGGACCAACAUACUUCUCCCCUGUCAUUAAUCAUGUAGCAAGAUAUGCAUCAUUAGUAAAGGAUGGUUCUGAAUACUUCAUCCUCCUCAUCAUCUCGGAUGGGGUCAUCUCCGACAUGGCGCAAACUAAAGAAUCCAUCGUAAAUGCCUCUAGUCUUCCAAUGUCAAUUAUAAUCGUUGGAGUCGGGCCGGCCGAAUUUGACGAGAUGAUUGAACUAGAUGGAGAUGAGGUCAGGAUAUCAUCCAGGGGUCGCUUCGCAGAGAGAGACAUUGUGCAGUUUGUUCCUUUCCGAGACUACAUUGACCGCAGAGGGAAUCACAUUCUCAGCAUGGCCCGUCUGGCCAAGGACGUUCUUGCGGAAAUCCCGGACCAGUUCCUCCAGUACAUGAGGAGCAGAGGCAUCAAACCUCAGCACUCGACCCACUCCACCUCGUCCAAACCCCCGGCGUCGCUCGUGCACCCGCUGCAGACGCAGAUCUGAGUGAUCGCACAAACAUACGGUUCACUGUCACUCUCAGGAUCACACACGGCCUGUCCGAGGGAGACGCUGCUCUUGCACAUGCCGUCUUUCGGUGUGUAGGGUGACGUUAGGGAACUUUACGCCUGGCACUGUCCUUUGUCGGGCGUAGCGAGGUUUCAGAAGGGGUUUUAGACUGUUUUAAAGUAUCGAGUGGCCUCUUCUGUCAGUCAAACAUCAGAUAUGACUCCACAGUCUCUGUCUCUCACAUAUUAUCUCCGGUUCUUGUCAACAGACGUUUACAAUUGUACCGUUUUUUACAAAUGGAUGCUUUUUUGUACCUCAUGAAAACUCUGAGCUGCUUAACAAUGGAAUUUACUCAUUUUAUUACAUGACGUUGUAAAUAGAGCGAGUGUGAUUUUAGAAAAAGCGGUACAAAACUGAGAGAAACUUUCACCCACUUGUGCGAGGCCUUGGUUUUCAUUUCAUUGUACAGUAUUCGCUUUCAAUUAUUAGACUAUUUCGGUAUUCCGUAUUCUUGGUCGUUUGACUGCCUCAAACUGUAAAGAAUUUGUGCUUCGCUUUCACGGCACAAGCGCGGCACAGAGAUUUAACUGGAAAAGCCUUACUCUACGUUAAAGGAACCGUUCAGCCGAAAAUGAAAAUUGUGUCAUUAUUUACUCAGCCUCAAAGCACUCCAAACAUGUAAGAUUUGGAUUUAUAGCAUAUAAUUAUUAGCACAUUUUAAUUAAACGCUAAUGUCAGUCACUGAGCAAUCCCACAAAAUGUAGUUUAUGGUCAUGGAAAGAGAAGUAUUUAACUGAGAAGGUUAAUAACAAAAAUAAGCAUUAUGCUACGUUCACACCAGAUGCGAAUAGCGCGUCAAAUUCGUGCCUACCGCGUCUAGUUAUACUCUAGACCACUUUGAAUCCAAGAGCAUCUCGAAAGAAGCAAUCAGAAUCGAAAUCCGUUGGCGGCCAUUUUUUUAUGUCGACCGAGCAUUCAUCGAGAGAGUCAAACGAAUGCACAAAUAGCACUAAAUAAGUCGCGCGUAACGCUUAAGGCGCCAGACGCGCAAUUCGCGUGAACUUGAAGCGCUCUAUGCCUCAU